GCGAGUGUGCAGCGCCGAAAGAGAGAGAGAGAGAGAGAGAGAGAGAGGGUGAAAGAGGGUGAAAGAGGGUGAAAGAAAGGGAGUGGGAAAGAGAUAGAAAAAGCUUCCCUCUGAGAACCGGCGUGGCUUGGAGUGCGCGAGAAAGUUAUGUUACGCGUCGGUAUGCUGUUGUAUUUACGUUUUAUCGUACCGUCAGAUCAAACAUCCUGUUGUUGUUGUUCAUCGUUAUCUUCUAUUUUGAUUUAUUCGAUUAUUCGAUCAUCGUGUUUGUCGAGUCGUCACAUUGUCCAAAUUUAAGAAGUUCAUUUAAAACGUUCUAAAAAAAAAAAAAAAGUUCUCGGAGUGCGCGUAAAAAAAGGGUUUAUUCGGGUCAUAGUGGAGAAGAAAACGGGAAUUCACGAUGCCCCCCAUAAUAGGGGAAACUCUACGUGUGUGGUUUCUUUCGGCGUUGGUGGUUCACGGUGCGGUUGCCGGAAAUCCGGACGCGAAACGUCUUUACGACGAUUUGUUGUCGAAUUACAACAAAUUAGUGAGACCGGUUGUAAAUACGUCGGACGUUCUACGAGUGUGCAUCAAACUUAAAUUAUCCCAGCUGAUCGAUGUGAAUCUGAAGAAUCAGAUCAUGACGACGAAUCUUUGGGUGGAACAGUCAUGGUACGACUAUAAGCUACGAUGGGAGCCGAAGGAAUAUGGCGGGGUUCAAAUGUUACACGUACCCUCGGAUCACAUAUGGCGUCCUGACAUAGUACUCUACAACAACGCAGAUGGGAACUACGAGGUGACACUGAUGACCAAGGCAACUGUCCACAGUACAGGAUUGGUCGUAUGGCAACCUCCAGCUGUUUAUAAGUCUUCCUGCUCCAUCGACGUUGAGUUCUUUCCGUACGACGUACAGACCUGUGUUUUGAAGUUAGGCUCCUGGACCUAUGACGGUUUUAAGGUCGAUCUAAGGCACAUGGAUGAAAAAUCCGGAAGUAACGUGGUGGACGUGGGAGUAGAUCUUUCAGAAUUCUAUAUGUCAGUUGAAUGGGAUAUUUUAGAAGUGCCUGCAGUACGAAACGAAAAGUUUUAUACGUGCUGCGACGAACCAUACCUCGAUAUAACAUUCAACAUAACCAUGAGAAGAAAAACACUUUUCUAUACCGUCAACAUCAUCAUACCAUGUAUGGGGAUCUCUUUUCUUACCGUUCUGACGUUUUAUUUACCAAGUGACAGCGGAGAAAAGGUGACCCUUUCCAUAUCAAUCCUCAUCAGUCUUCACGUAUUCUUCCUCCUGGUCGUUGAAAUUAUUCCACCAACAUCGUUGGUCGUGCCACUGCUUGGGAAGUACCUGAUAUUCGCCAUGAUACUCGUAUCAAUAAGUAUAUGUGUAACCGUUGUCGUUCUUAAUGUUCACUUCCGGUCACCACAAACACAUCAAAUGGCGCCAUGGGUAAAAAGAGUCUUCAUUCACAUUCUUCCACGUUUAUUGGUGAUGAGAAGACCUACGUACAAAUUCGAUACGAAUAGGUACACAUCUGGCAGAGUACUGAUGAGAACGGUUAGAGGGAAGGAGAAAACUUGCUAUUACCCUUAUCAUCCGUCUACUCACGAUGAGUCCGAAGAACAUUUUACACCUAAGAGGUUCCACAGUCGACCAACUUCCAAAGAAGAUCUCUCACCUUCCAGUUUAACGGACGGUGCGAGAUUUGGUGGAAGCUGUCUUAUUCAUGGACCACCAUUACCCCCAUUACCAAUUCGUGGCGAAUGCGAGGAUCUUUCUGUACCCGGUGAUACAGGAAUCGAGGAAGUUAAAAGUCCAGUUUUAAGAAAUCCACCAGCAUUUUCACAUUCACGUUGUCCACCGGAAAUACACAGAUCGUGCCUCUGUGUACGUUUCAUAGCAGAACAUACAAAAAUGUUGGAAGAUUCUACUAAGGUAAAAGAGGAUUGGAAAUACGUAGCAAUGGUCCUCGACAGAUUAUUCCUAUGGAUCUUCACAUUAGCAGUAUUAGUUGGUACAGCGGGAAUAAUAUUACAAGCACCAACGUUGUACGACGAUCGUGUACCUAUCGAUAAGAAAUUCAGUGAAUUCGCAACUACAACGGUUGUUAAAUGUCCGCCACAGUAGUCCAUACCCGAGCCCUGCACCGUAGAAAAAAGUUAAAAAAAAAAAGGGCCAAAACAAUGUUUAAUCAAUCAUUUCGGUAGAUCUUCCAAACCUUUUCCAAAUGUAUUUUUUUUUUUUUUUAUCAUUUCCCCAAACACAAAGUUUAAUCUUUUUUUUUUUUUUAUUAGGAAUGUCACCGAAAAAAAAAACAACUAUUGCACACACCUGAACUGUCAUGGUCCUCGAAACAUUUUUUUACGGCGAUAGGGCUCGAUAUAUAUAUAUAUAUUCAUCGUUAUCGAUAACGAUGAUUGGAUAAUGAUUUUUUUUUGAAAAAGAAAAAAAAAUCAUUUAAAUACCCCAUGAUCGAAUAAACAACUUUUAUCUGACUCUCUCUCUCUCUCUCUUUUUCUCUUAUUCAUUCGUUCAUUCAUUCGUAAAAUUUCAUUUUGUACUUUAACAUUUUCACAAAAAUAAAAUAAUUCAUCAUAAUUCAUCAUAUUCAUCAA